UACUUCCCCUUUGUAUUUUUCACUCCAUUGUUGUAUUCAUGAGAGUCACUUGGGGGAUUGUAUGUGUGAGGCUGCUAACAUGUGACAUCUCUGUGAGUGUGACAUUGGGAUAUAAUAUCUGUCAAUGUAAAAAUAGAACCUUACCCAGACCUACUAAAUAUAGAUGACUCAUAAAUGUAGAUUGUGUUUGACUCUGGUAAACAAGCAGCUCUAGCUAGAAAGGAGCAGAAAGAAUACAUAUCUCAGUAGCUCUUUUCAUUCAGGACUAAUAAACAUGAGGGUGGACAGAAUUGGAAAUGACAGUCCCGUGUAUGACCUCUCAGUGAUACGCAACCUUUGGGAGGGCCGGGUGAAGAAAUACAAGCAGCGUCAGAAGAAGGAACAGGAAAGGGUCAACAAAAGCGCCCUGGCCAAGAUAAAUCAGGAAUGGCAGUAUCGUAUAAUAUGCAGAAAAAUGAAGACCAAAGAAGUCGCUGCACUCCAGUGCUAUCUGGAAAGAUCAACCUUUGCAGAAAUGGGCAUUUUACCCACAGUUUCCACAAACACUGACAAUGAAGAGAAGAAAUUCAUUUUUGAGCUAAGUGGAGAUAAAUGGAGGAAACUACCAGAAGAUCUCCAAUAUAUGACUUAUCUUCGAGAGUGGCACAUUCAAAGAACACAAAUUCAAAAGUUGCCUGAAUACAUUGAACAGUUUGUGGAUUUGUGUGUCCUUGACUUACCUAAAAAUAGGCUCAAAGAGCUUCCAGCUGAGAUAGGAAAACUGGCGAACCUUAAAGAGCUUAAUGUAAAUUACAAUAAAUUAUCAAGCAUUCCACCUGAGCUUGGAGACUGUGUAAAUCUGGAAAAGCUGGAAAUGGUGGCAAAUUUUGAAAUCUGUGAAUUGCCUUUUGAGCUGAGCAACUUAAAAAAACUUAAACAUCUGGACCUAGCAGAAAAUAAAUUUGCUAGUAUACCAGUCAGUGUACUUCGAAUGUCAAGUCUUCAGUGGUUGGAUAUCAGUAAGAACAGUCUUUGUGAUUUGCCAGAGGACAUUGAUAGACCAGAAAUUCACAGUUCAGACAACAAUGACGGAAUCAAUAGUUGUUGAAUAGUCCGAUGACUUAUCAUGUGUGAACCUGGAAUACCAGCAGUAGGAUUACCAGCAUUUACUGGAUGCUUCUCAAAUUUGUGUCUUGUCUUGGCGCUUUCACACUUGGCCUUCCAGCCCUAGAGCAAUUAGCAGUGGAACCAGUUGUUCAGUAUCUGUUCCAUGACCUGGAAAUGGUAUUCUUGGCACCUCUCAACUGUCUGGUGAUGUCUGCUUGUUUUGCACCGAUUAAAGCUUCCUACCUGCUAGCUUUUCUGACACGGGGCAGGUUGUGUAAAGACAAAAUGCACGAUCAGAAUGUUUUUUCUUACUUUUGAUUUCAAGACAUGGCAGCUGGAAAAUUUCAAUGGAAAAUUUUGUGUGCUUGCAUGCUGCCCUUUAAGAAGAUGUGACCUAGGUUAACCACGCUGGAGUAAUUCAGUAUUGAGCAUGACGGUAAUUUUAACCUUACCAGCGUUCUUAACGUAAGAAGGCAAACUAAAUGAUGAAUUAAAUUAUGAAUUAUUAGUGCAACUUUUCUUUUGACUUUAAGUAUAGUGUUUAUGAGACACUUCAUGUUUUCUGUUGGCUUAUUUGUUGAUGUUUC